AUGCCACCCGCGAAACCCCCUCCAGCCACGAAACCCCAACACCAGCCUCUAAAACGCCAGCCGAUUAACCCCGCCAGUCUCUUAACCCCAACGCCAGCCGCUAAAUCCCAACGCCAGCCGCGAACACCCUACGCCAGCCCUAAACCCCAACGCCAGCCGCGAAAACACAACGCCAGCCGUGAAACCCCAACGCCGGCCGCUAAACAUCAACGCCAGCCGCUAAUCCCCAACGCCACCCGCGAACGCCCAUCGCCAGGCGCGAACCCCCAACACCAGCCACGAAACCCCGCCAGCGGCGAAAUCCCGACUCCAGCCCGCAAAAACUUCAACCCGCUAAAUCCCAACGCCAGCCGCGAACCCCCUACGCCAGCCCUAAACCCCAACGCCAGCCGCGAAAACCCAAAGCCAGCCGCGAAACACAAACACCAGCCUCUAAACUCCAACGUCAACCGCGAACACCCAACGCCAGGCUCUAAACCCAAACGCCAGCAGCGAAAACCAAACGUCAGCGGCGAAACCACAACACCAGCCGUGAAACCACAACGCCUUCCACGAAACCCCAACGCCAGCCGCGAAACCCCAACGCCAGCUGCGAACUUCUAA